AUGUACCAUCGUCUUUCACAGGAACCAACUGAGAAUACACCAGCCAUUAUGGAGUGCCAGUCUAUGGCCAAACCACACCAGAAUGUUAAUAUCAGAGCAGCUAUCAUUCACGUGAUGGGAGACAUUAUACAAAGCACAGGAGUUUUGGUAGCGGCUCUCAUAAUAAAAUUUACAGAACAGGAAAAAUACAAGUUGGCUGAUCCUAUUUGCACAUUUGUCUUCUCUAUAAUUGUCCUAUGUACAACAUUCAAUGUCCUGCGAGAUACAAUCUGUGUUGUUAUGGAAGGUGUGCCACAGGAUAUUAAUUACAAAAAGCUUCGUUCAGAACUUGAAACCCUUGAUCAUGUGAAGAUGGUUCACAACCUGUGUGUGUGGUCAUUAACUCUCAACAAAAAUGCAGUGUCCGUCCAUCUUGCCUUGGAUGAAUUAGUCGACACUCAGAUAAUCUUGGAGGGAGCCACAGCAAUGCUACGGCAACGUUACAAAUUUCAGCAUAUAACAAUCCAAGUGGAACGUUACAUUCCUACCAUGUCACAAUGCCCAGUGUGCCUCAUGCCUGCUUAA